AGAGUAAAUGAAUAAGUCACUGAAGCAUUCAAUUAUGUUGUAAUAACCUUGUUGGAGGGAUGAAGGCAUUUCUCUGGCUUUAUAAAUAGCACAGUGCUUUACAACUAAGCAUGAAACUUUUGAAAGAUCCAGUAUUUCACUUGAAUUGCAAUUGGGUAAAUCCAAGCACUGUGCAAGGUUACAAGAAAAGCUGAGAUCAUGAAAAUCAGAAAUUUUGCAUUUCUUUGUGUGUUGAUUCUGAUCUCUCAGACACUAGUAGUUGAUGGUGAAACACAGAAGGAAAGAAGAAAAGAAAAACAAAACGGUGGAAAAGGUAGAAAAAAACAAACUGGAACUAAUCAAGAGAAUGAGAAGGGACAGAAAUCCAAAGGAGGUAAAUCUUCACUUAAAGGCAAGUUUACAACCAAAGAUAAUUCGGAGUGCACCUGGGCAGUGACUGAAGUAGACACUGUUACCCUAAAAGUAGAAUGCAAGAAAGGUGAAAGCAGCUUCCAGUGUGAUUUUUCAGGAAGUCCUUCCACCUGUCCUCAAUUUGCAGCAAACCAAAAACCAUAUUGGAAACAAAUCUCCCGAUCCCUAAAGAAACAGAAGAAUAUCUGUCAAGACCCAAAAGGUAUCCUAAAAUCUAAAGUGUGUAAGAAGGGGCCACAAAGUGCCCAUCUCACCUUGACCAGCUCAAGCCUGAUAACACUACAAAACUCCAUAAAAGACAAAGCUGCUCACCAUAGGAAAGAGAUCACACAAACUUCAGCUCCUGCCAUUAGACCUGAAAAUCAGCCAGAGAAAAGUUCCAGUGACUGCGUUGAAGAUAUAGAUUAUAUUGAUCAGCAAAAGGUGGCUGAAGAAUACUGUUCAGAAACAUGGAGAUCUUGGUGCAACUUCUUUAUCACAAUGAUACAGGAUAAAAAAUGCCGAUAAGAUAAUAGAAUUCUAGAGUAUUGGUAAAAUUCUUAGUUACUGAAAGUUUGGUCCUAUCUACUUCUUGCAUACCUUUCUAGAUUUGCCUCUGAUUUUAUAUAGUGUAUAUAUGAGCAAAAGAGAACAACUCUGAAAUUUCUGACUUGUAUUUCAUGCAAUGCUCUGUACUUGGUGUAGCUGAAGAUGCUGUAGACCUUAUUUGUAUAUAGAUUGCUAUGCAAAUGUUACCAAUGGAUGUUAAACUCUGUAAAGAUGUAUAUAAAGCAAAGUCUUCUCAUUUUUCUCUUUGAGCUGUGUUAGCCAAAGUGAUGAUUUCAGUGCUAUGCACUUUUUCAUAGUGUACAGUACUUUUGACUUCAAAAUUGCUGAGGAUAAUAAACUUCAAAAUAGACUA